UUGGGCAGCGCGGUGCUCCUCGCCGUCGCUGAUUGGCUGCCGGCGGGGCGGUUCUCCUGAGGGAAAGCUCGAACGAGGCGGGAAGCGGGGAAGGGAGCGGGCGGCGGCGCCCCGGGACCGGCACCACAGCGGGAGCAGCGGUAGCGGCGCCUGGGGUAACGCGCGGGGAACCGGCUUCCCCUCAGCUCCGGGUUCAGCCUUCGCGGCCGCAGCAAGGCCCGUCUGCCCCGGCGCCGGCGUUGGGGUCCCGCCCGCCACCAUGUCGGUCAAUCCCAUGACCUACGAAGCGCAGUUCUUCGGCUUCACGCCGCAGACGUGCGUGCUGCGGGUCUACACCGCGUUCCAGGAGUACCUCUUCGAGAUGAUGGUGCUGGUGGAGAGCGUCAUCCUGAAGAAGCUGGAGGGGCUUUCCGAGAGCGGGAUCAGCGCCCUCCACAUCCGCAAGAGCACCGAGAAGUUCCUUCUCUUCCUGAAGGAGCACUUCGAUGAGCUCUUCGGUAAAAUGGAAGAAAUGCUCCUGCAGCUGGUGCUGAAAAUCCCGAAGAACGUGCUCCUUCCCGAGGACAAGGUCCACAAGCAGUAUCCCUACAGCAAAGAGCAGUUCCAGGCGCUGCAGGAUGAGAUCCAUCAGCUGCAGGAGCAGUACAGGGCUGAGGUGUGCGCGGGGCAGGCGCUGCGUGCAGAGCUGGAGGAGCAGAAGGUUGUUCAGGCAGAGCUGGAGAAGAUACUGCAGUGUUCCGAUGGGCUUGAGAAUAUCUGCAGGGAACACUGGAACUGCAGCUUCAGAGAGAGCUUUGCUUUCUUGACGCCCAACCUUGAGAAACUGCAAGAUAAGCUGAAAGAUGUCGAAGAGAAAAGCCAAAAAAUAAAGAAGGGUGAUACUGUAAAAUGAGAGUCUGAAAAGGCAACAAAACCCAUUUGGACAGCUUGCUUAAAAUGAUAGGAGCUUGUCUUUGCAGGAGCAUCCCCAUAACCCUUACCCUUUAACCCUGUCGGGAUCUAGACUGCUGAACUGUGUCUGUUUGCACCUACUUAGCACCAAGCCAGGGAAGCAGGA